UCGUGGCGAUGGUCAUCACUGGACAACUUACUACAAUACUACUCCAGCACUCGACGCACGUCAGUCAUCAUUGAUGAAUAUCUUUUUUUAACGUCCAUAGUGUUGUUCCUUACUCCUUUGGUUGUCUUGUCCGGUCUGCUGCCAUAGACGGAUAUACAUGGUGUCUAUUACCUGUGGUGUAUUAUUUAUUGUAUAACCGUCAGUACGACUUUUCACUUGGAUAUAAAUUUCUGAGAUUUGUGUUCAAUUCAACGUUUUGGCAUGAAUAAUCCAUAUUUACUUAAGAAACAGUUACAAGAGAAUGAAGAAGAGUUAUCAAAUUAUUUACGUGAUAUGAACAUUUGGCAAGAACAAAUGAAGCGAAAAGAACAUACAUUACCGAAUCCCAAUGAAAAGAAAAAACCUAAAAUUAAUCCAUCAAAAACUAAUCCACCAAAAACUAAAUUAAACAAAAUUUCAUCAUGGGAUUACUCUGCUUGGGACAAAUUUGAUGUUGAUAAUGCUUGCAAAGAACUAGAUACUCAAGAUGAACUCAAGAAAAAUGAUAAUUAUGAUCCAAGUGUCGAUUGUUUAAAUAAUGAAACACAAUCAAGACAAUCUGAUGGUAUAUACGAAAAAAAUUUGGGUAAUGCAUUAGUUCAAAAGCAAAAAUGGGCUGAAGCUAUACUAAGGUACACAAGAGCAAUAGAGUAUUAUGAUAAAGAUCCAAUAUUUUAUGCCAAUAGAGCAUUGUGCUAUCUAAAGACAAAAGAAUUUAAACUAGCAAUAACUGAUUGUACAUCUUCUCUUAAACUAGAUAACACAUAUGUUAAAGCAUACCAACGCAGAAGCUCAGCUUAUUUGGCUCUUGGAAUGUUUAAUGAAGCAAAAAAAGAUUUACUAAAUGUGUUAAAAUUAGAACCAAAUAACAAACAAGCUAAAAAUGAUAUAGAAAUUGUAAACAAUAAAAUCAAACAGAGUGGAAUGCAGAACACUUCUGAUAAUAAAUGUCAAAAAACAAACACAAUUAAUAACUUACAAAAUAAAAGUUCUAAAAUGUUAUGUAAAGACGUUGAACCAAUAAAAAGUGUCACUCCAGAUUGGCCUCAAAGAGAUGGUUGUAAACAAAUAACUUCUAAACAAAAACCACCACAUUUAAGAUCUAAAAAACCUUUAUGUACACUCAACAUCAAAGAUGUUCAAGUAGACCAAGAAGAAUUAAACAACAUGCAUUUACUUCAAACUACAUUGAAAGAAGUGUGUGAAAAAAACUAUAAAGAUCAAUCUAAAACGACUAUUUCCAAUGAAGUUGUUCCUAUGGAACAAGACUUAAUUCAAAAUGAAAAAAAACACAUAGUCAUACCUCCUGUUCCACUAACAUACGUCCAACUUAAACAAGAUUGGGCAAGCUUAAAAAAUGAUCCAGAGUUAUUAUUUAAAUAUUUAAAACAAAUUCCUGGUAAACGUUUACCAUCAAUUGUACGUAAUUCUAUGGAUAAUGAUCUAUUUGUGGAUAUUUUAAGAAUUUUACGGAUAGAAUUCAUUAAAAAUGGAUGUGAUAUAACAGAUUAUUUGAUGGGCAUUAGUGAAUUACCAAGACUACAAAUGUUAGUCAUGUUUUGUUCUAGUAAUGAAGUAUCGUGUAUCAAAGAAUUGCUGAACUACGUUUCAAAAUUUGUUUCAGAAAGUGCUUUAAAAAAUCUCAAAAAAUCUUUUGGAGUUUAAUAUUAAUUGAUAAAUUACUUUAUUUUAUA